CAUCCAAUGCAUGAGCAAAGAUUCUCGCUUUGCCCAGACGCCUUUCUUAAGACUGUAGAACCAAUUAAGUACCCCAGUUUUCCUUCCAUAUAGCAAAAAGAAACAAUAAGCCAGAUCAACUACAGGCCACUUCAAUCCCCCUGAUCUCUCUCCCUCUCCCUCUCUCACUCUCUCUGACCACAUGGACAUGAUUUCGGAGAAUGAGAACGAACAUGAAGUUUCAAACCCCCCGGCCGUGAGUAAAAAACAGCCUAAGCAGCAUUUCAAGGUCUGCUUCUGUUUCAAGAGAAUAUUCAAGCACCGGCUGUAUGAGCCACCGGAAGAUAUCAAGAAACUAUUCGAGCAGUAUUCGGAGAAUGGCACCAUGACCGUUGAAGACAUGCAAAGGUUCCUCAUCGAGGUUCAAAAAGAAAGUAAUGCCAGCAAGGACAGUGCCCAGGCCAUUUUCAACAGCCUCAAACAUCUCAACAUGUUCCAUCGGAAGGGCCUCAAUUUUGAAGCUUUCUACCGAUAUCUUCUGGGUGAUAGUAAUCUCGCUAUCCCUCGUGUGGUGCACCAGGACAUGAAGGCACCACUUGCUCAUUAUUUCAUAUUCACAGGCCAUAAUUCCUACCUAACUGGUAAUCAACUCAGCAGUGAUAGCAGUGAGGUCCCUAUCAUAGACGCACUGAAAAGAGGCGUCAAAGUAAUUGAAUUGGAUCUGUGGCCAGAGGCCGGCCGGGGAGACGGUGUUGAAGUUCGCCAUGGAGGGACUCUGACUCGUCCAGUGGAACUCAUAAAAUGUUUGAAAGCUAUUAGGGACCAUGCCUUUUCUGUUUCUGACUAUCCUGUUGUGAUUACUUUUGAAGACCACCUAACCCCAUAUUAUCAAUCUAAAGUUGCCCAGAUGGUCACUAAAACAUUUGGAGAAUUGCUAUAUCGUUCUGAAUCGGAAUUAAAGGAAUUCCCUUCACCAGAAUCAUUGAAGAAAAAAAUCUUGAUUUCAACCAAACCACCAAAAGAAUUCCAUGAUCAAGCUUCUUCUUCAUCCAAGGAUGAGACAUGUAACUUAAACGUCGAACAGAUGCUGGUUGCUUGGCAUGAUUGGGAUGAUCAAACUGGUGAAGAAAAUGCCGUUCCUCAAUAUAAGAAUUUAAUUGCCAUUCGUGCAGCAAAGCCGAAAGGUGUAAAAGAUAUCUGGGCUAUUGAUCCUGAUAAAGUUAGACGUCUUAGCCUGAGUGAACAAGAGCUUGAAAAUGCCGUAAACACACGUGGAACUGAUAUCGUCAGGUUUACCCAAAAGAACUUGCUGAGGGUGUACCCAAAAGGUUUGCGCUUGGACUCAUCAAAUUACAAUCCUAUGCUCGGAUGGAUGCAUGGAGCUCAAAUGGUUGCACUUAAUAUGCAGGGAUAUGGGAAGUACCUUUGGAUUAUGCAAGGAAUGUUCAGAGCCAAUGGCGGUUGCGGUUACGUGAAAAAGCCUAACUUCUUGUUGGAAGUAACUCCAAGUAAUGAGGUUUUUGAUCCAAGUGAUAUGCCACGAACUCAGAAAACUUUGAAGGUAAAAGUCUACUUGGGAGAAGGGUGGCAUUCAGAUUUCCGCCACACGCACUUUGAUCGAUUUUCACCACCGGACUUUUUUGUCAGAGUUGGAAUUGCUGGGGUUCCAGCUGACGAAGUUAUAAAGCAAACGAAAGCAAUUGAGGAUGAAUGGCUACCGAUGUGGAAUGAGGAGUUUGAAUUCCCACUGAAGGCCCCCGAAUUAGCCGUUCUCAGGAUUGAGGUCCUUGAGUACGACACAUCAGGAAAAAAUGACUUCGGAGGCCAAGCAUGUCUACCUGUAUCAGAGUUGAGAACCGGUAUUCGAGUAAUUCCAUUGCAUAAUAAAAAGGGAGACAAAUACAAUUCUGUAAAGCUUCUUAUGCGAUUUGAAUUUUUAUGAUCUGUAAAUUAUUAAAACAUCCAUAUGGGAUAUGGUAUGUG